CGCAUUGAGCUGUCGUUCAGUCGUCACUUCUCAGUCUAUUUUCGAAUAGUUUGAACAUCUCAUUGAAAUUUAAUAUAUAUUUAGAAUACAUAUUUUACAAUGAAGAUCUAUUUUAUUGUCGCCCUUCUAUUCAUGGCUAUGGCUGCCAUGGCUGCACCUGUUGAGGAUGAAUUCGAGCCACUUGAGCAUCCUGAGACCGAAGGACGUUCUGAUAGACAUAGAAGAGUAACUUGUGACCUUCUCUCGUUCAAAGGACAGAUUAACGACAGUGCUUGUGCUGCUAACUGUAUCACUUUGGGUAAAGCUGGAGGUCAUUGCAAGGACGGAGUUUGUAUUUGUCGAAAAACUACUUUCAAGAAUCUUUGGGACAAACGUUUCGGUUAAAUAUCAUUAUAAAGAUUCAACGAUGAAAUUUUUUAAUAAAAAAUAUGAAAAUGCGAAAUGA